AUGCAGCGGCAAGAGGAGUCCGGCGAGGACAUCGUGAUCGUGGGCGCCGGGCUCGCCGGCCUCGCCGCCGCACUCGGGCUGCACAGGAAAGGGGUGAGGAGCGUGGUGCUGGAGUCGUCCCCGUCGCUCCGGGCCUCGGGGUUCGCCUUCGCCACGUGGCCCAACGCCUUCCGCGCGCUCGACGCCCUCGGCGUCGGCGACCAGAUCAGGAAGCUCCACCUGCACAUCCAAGGGCUGCGCGUCAUGUCGGCGUCCACGGGAGAGAUAGCGAAGGAGGUGGACUUCAGGGACGAGUUCAGCUGCGUCAGGCGCGACGUGCUGCUGCAGGUCCUGGCGGCGGAGCUGCCGACGGGCACCAUCCGCUACUCCUCCAAGAUCGUCUCCAUCGACGAGCACGGCGACGGUGCCAAGACCCUCCACCUCGCCGACGGCUCGACUCUCCGGGCGAAGGUGCUGGUCGGAUGCGACGGGAUCAACUCCAUGGUGGGCAGAUGGCUGGGGCUCGCUAAGCCGUCGCACUCCGGGCGCUCCGCCACGCGGGGCCUCGCGCGUUACCCCGACGGCCACGGCUUCCCGCCCAAGUUCUUGCAGCUCUUUGGCAACGGCUUCCGCUUCGGCUUCGUCCCCUGCAACGACACCGACGUCUACUGGUUCUACACAUGGUCUCCCUCCGAAGACGAUGAUGAUGGUGCCGAGGAGAGCGGUACCAAGAUGAAGCAGUACGUGCUGACGAAGCUGAGGAGCUCCAAGGUGCCCGCGGAGGCGCUGGAAUUGGUGGAGAGGAGCGACGACGCGCCCGCCACGCCGCUGCGGUUCCGGCCGCCGCUCUCGCUCGUGUUCGCGGGCAUCAGCAAGGGGAACGUGUGCGUGGCCGGCGACGCGCUGCACCCGAUGACGCCGGACCUGGGCCAGGGCGGCUGCUCGGCGCUCGAGGACGGCGUCAUCCUGGCGAGAUGCCUCGGCGACGCCGUCCUUGGUAGGAAGGCUGGCACGGAGAAGGAGAGGAUCGAGUCGGGCCUGCGCGAGUACGCCGGGAUGCGGCGGUGGCGGAGCGUCCAGCUCGCCGGGGCCGCCUACAUGGUCGGCUUCGUGCAGCAGAGUGACAAUGCCAUCGUGAGCUUUCUCAGGGAGAAGGUGCUGGCCGGAGCGCUCGCGAGAAGCCUUGUGAAAAGGGCAGCACUCUGCGCCGGUGAGGUCGCACCGCAACCGCCCGAUGCCAUGUGCGCACAGCCGUUCGAUUGGAUCCAAUCAAAAAAAAAAACGAAUCGCCCCCUGCUCUCUUUCUUCUUCCUCGGGCAGUCCUGUUCGGGGUAG